AUGGUGCCCGAGAGCCUCUUUUCGGCCCCGAUGAACGGGCAUCGGCUGGGAAGAAGCUCGGCAUUUGAUAAAACCGUUGCGAAGGACAACUCCCUAGCUGUUGGCUACUUUCAGAGAGGCUUUGUCCGUCUGCAGCUGGAAAUGUACGAAGAAGCUCUCUCUGACUAUCAUAUGGCCUUCAGUCAUCUGAGACAAAAUCCCUUCAUCGAUUACAAGCAGCUGGGGCUGAGGCACAUACUCUACGCCUGGGAGGUGCUGUACAGCACUGCAGCAGUGCAGUGCCGGCUGCAGCAGUGGCAGGAGGCCAGGGUCACCCUAGACAAGGCCGUUGUAUGGAGACCUGAAGGAAGAACAGCGAUCCUGGACCUGGCCCGUCAGCGGGUGCAGGACCGUCUGUUUUUAGAGCCCAUGCAGGUUCCUCUCGGGGAAUUUUUCAGACCACGAAAGAAGGAAGUUGAGCAGCUGGAUACAAAAGAUUUCCUGGGUAAACCCAAGGUGAUCUCGUCCAUCAUUCCCAAUGAUGAGUACAUCGGCUUCGAGCCUCUCAGGCCUCAGAAGCAGGGCUUUUAUGAACCCAGUGUUGACGCUUUGCGAGACAGUGAGUCAGGCUACUACCGAGUUGUGUCCCAUUAUAACCCUGAGGACUCGGAGAAGUUAGCAGUGAAAGCCAGCAGUUUGGUCUUUGUGCUGACGAGAGGAGCGGAUGGCUGGGCUACAGCCAUACAUGACGGGCAGAAGCUGCGCAUACCGAGCUCUCUCCUGGAGCCUGCCUCGAAGAUGGAUAAAUGGAAGAUCAGCAAUGGGAUUCCCCUCCCUCCUGCCCAGGUGCCUCCCAGCCGACUCCAUGUGAAGCCGAAGCCAGAAUCUCCCGAGGGAGAAGAUGCUUCUGCAAAUGAUGCUGGUGCCCAAAUAGACUUCAAGCACAUCCCACCGACCCACGGAGAAGCUUCAUCCAGCCCGGACAGACCUGUUGUGCUGAGAGCGUGUUGUGAGUGCACCGUGGUGGUGAGGGCAGGCGAGGUGCCGUCGCUGCCGGACCUGCGGGCUCUGCUGAGGGAGCGGUUCGGCCAGCAAGCAGAGCGAGGGAAGCUGAGCUACAGGCUUUUGGAUGGCAAAGAACUGGGUGCAGUUUCGGGAGAGGAGGAUCUAGGGAAGAUGUGGCAGCAGCUGACAGAUGGCAGGCUGACGCUCUGCUGCCAGGACUCGGACUCCCACUCGGGCAGACCCGUCCUCUACCAGAUGCUGGCUCAGCACUCAUACCUUGCGCAGGGACCGGGGGACCUGGAGUUCAGCAAGGGAGACGUGCUGGAUAUUCUCUCUGAAGGUAGCUCUCCAGUCCUGCCGCAGGCUGUACUGGGGCAGGCUUUUGGUGUCUGCUGCAGGGAGGGACUGGGGAAUAGAUGGCUUCUCCAGUGCUGUCUCAGGCUCAUGCUCUCAGGAGAUACAGGCUUGCACUGGGUUUUGCCCAGAGUUAAAUUCCAGCCGUAA